GGCCUACAAGAAUGAGGAUUGCUCUAGGAGCUGCUAAGGGAUUAGCAUAUCUUCAUGAGGAAUUGGUUUUCGUCGUAGCUGAAGGAAGCCACCGCCGAGUUGCUCCCCUCUCUACAGUGCUCCCGCAGUGGUUUCCAUUGCGGCUGAAAGAGGCUGUUGCCGAGCUGUUCUCCUCUCUACCUCGCUGCUGCAACCACCUUCUUCAUGAUUUGCCCAUGACUCUACCUUUGUUGCGUCCUUCUUGUAGCGUCGGGGCUGACCCUCGAAGCUACUGGAAGCCGUUGGCAUCAUUGCUGGAGCUUGUUGCCGGGUCUAAUAAGAGCAAGGCCGUUGGGUGUAGCAGUAGCAGACUAGCAGUGUCUCUCAAAAAGACAGCCUUUUCCGGCAAUAGCAGUGGCGAAACACGGACCUUGUUGCUUCUGCUUCUUUCUAUAUCUUGCUCGUUUGUUUAUCCCUAAAGACGCUAAAUGAUGAAUUUUUUCAUUCUUUUUGUUUUUAAAAAUAUCUAAAUCUUUUGUUAUUGUUGUUAAAUUUAAAAAAUUUGAUGUUAUUAAAUAUCUGAAGUGUUGGUGGCGGUGGUAGUGACUAUAAAAAGGUAGAAAGGUGAUUGUAGGACAAACGCUGGUGUAGUGGGGGUAUUUUUUGUCUUUUAAAAAAUUAUUGUCUUCAAAAAGAUAAUUUUAAUACUAAAUAAAUUGUUGAGAAUUAUUUCGAACCAAAAAAAAAUUAGGAAUAUUUU